AUGACCUCCCUGAUAGCCCCACUAGGCUGCUGGCUCUCCUCGCCUUUCGACUCAUCGUCGGUGGUCACAGCGGCAGCGGCGACGGAAGAUGGGUGUGUCGUAGUGGCGGGCUUCGAGAGUGGGGUAGCCUGGAUAUUCGCGGCUGACCAGGAGGAACCCUUUAUGCUUCGCCCAAAAGUCCUGCUAGCAGGCCACAGAAGCUCGAUAUGCGUGAUAACACUCGCCAAGAUCGAAGUAGAAGGAGCGGCAAAGAAGGAAAACAUCAUCCUCACCGCGUCCGAAGAUGGCGAGGUUGUCAUGUGGGAUAUCACCGACGGCCGCUGUUUGCAGGCGAACCCGGAGGCGUUCAGUGGAGUUAUGACUGCUAUGAAGAUGAGCUCUUCUGGCCGGUGGAUCUUGUGUUCGGGACAUUCUAGGAAGCUGGCUGUCCUGGAAUCUGCAUCACUUGUGAGCACCAAGAACAUCGACAUACAUGCGGACUGGAUUCACUCGAUGGCCAUCUACCCGACCGAUACAAAGUACGUAGAUCGGAUCUUCUGCACGACAUUCUCCGGUGAAGUGUGCACGGCGAUCUUCGAUGGGCAGGCGUUGACAGCCACACCGGAGACGAAAAUCCCAUUGGAAAAGACAAGAAGUUUCGGGCCGUCUGGUGUCAUCAUCAACCGUUUUGACAAGAGUAUCAUCAUGGUUCAGCAGCGGGCGCAAUGUAAGCUAUAUUCGACCGCGAACGGCGCGCUCUCUGCCGUCUCCGAGAUCCCUUGCAAAGAAGGCAAGAUAUGGGAGGGUGGGACAUUCCUAUCGGCCAAGACAUUCUUGCUAUGGACGUCCAGCUCCGCGCAUGUGUUCUACAUCGGAGCCGCCAGUGAUGUGUUGAAAGCGGAGCAGGCGUCUUCUGUGCCGACUGGUGCAAUCGUCCUGUUUGCGCAGGGGAGCACGAUUUACUAUGUGGCGAAGAUGGAGACGGGACCGUCGAGAGGUGGCGUGAGCGUCACGGAGAUUGCCGUCCUGAACAGCCCAAUCGACGACCCGGAUAGCAGUCCUUAUGUGUUUUAUUCACACGGAAAGGCAGUCGGGCAUCAAAGACUCCUCCGCUUUCACUCGACCGCCAAGAUCACGUACCAACAGUUUUUCGGGAGUCUUGUUGGGUCGGAGCUGAAGAGCACUCAAGUGCCUACCGGUGCAUGUGAACAAACCGCAGAAAUUGAUUUGCGUGCACUGUGGCCUGGAGACGCCACAUCGCAAAAGAACGUGACCGCCUUGACGUCCGCGUUGCACAAAUAUGUGGCGCUUGGCUAUGACACUGGAGCUAUUUCCCUCCUGACCAUGGCGGAGUUCUUUCAGACGUCAGAUACCUCCGAAAGCGAACCCGCCGUCUCUCUCGAAGGCCAUAAGGGGCCUGUGACGUACCUGUAUGUGCCUAGUCCCCGAGAGUGUGGCGGACGGAAUCUGUUGUUGAGCGCUGCGCAGGAUUGCUUCGUUAAGAUCUGGAAUCUCGAUGACGGUCAACUCCUCGCCUCCUUCCUUAACCACGCCGAAGAGGUAAUAUCCAUCCUCCCCGUUCCAGCUGACGCACAACAGCGAUCCCGGUGUUCAGUCGUCACAGUCGCCCGCGACCACUCCCUCGCCUUCAUCGAUUUGGACAACCUCACCUGCACCGCCCACCUCUUUGGCCACACCGACGCAGUCACCGCCCUCCACUGGCGCAUCAUCGACGAAAUCGUUAUCGUCGAAUGCGUCGAUGGGACCGCGUACGUCUGGCAAUUGAAAACAGGCCAUCUCGAUCGAACCCUCGACGGGGCGGACGUGCUGGAUGUCAUUGGCAGCUCGGAUUGUUCGCUGGAUUGUCGGUUUCCGCAGCUGGCAUUUAGGAACGCGAACAUCAAGCGCAGUUUCUCGGCGUACCCUGUGAGCACGGCCGAGGAUGCCAUCCCGUGUAUACUGGCGCUUUUGGUCAAUACAAAACGGGUUGUGAAUGAAACCACGGGCAAGAUGACGAUGACGCCCCCACCUACACCGCCGCUUUCGGUCGCGCCGUCGUUUGUGUCGACCACGACCACAACCGCGACAUUAACGAAUAGGGCAACGCCAACACAUUCGCGGACCGCGUCGUCCGCGCUGUACCCAGAUAGUGCAGCCAACCAGAAUCGGACGGGGUCACCGAAUAUGAUAUCGCAGAACCUCCACCAUUUCUCGCAAGGCUUCAAGGAUAUCUUUAGGAGUCGGCCGGGGUCACCGUCCCCGUCAUCAAUCGCCGGAGGGGCUCGGAAAUCGGAUACCUCCGCGACUGCCAACCGAGGGUCACAGGACUCCAACGCGGACGGGACAAGAGGCGCGUUGGAGAAUGAGGUCGUGCAAGCCAUCCUAUCUGCGCUGUAUACAUGGGGUCUCAGCACGGAUCUUGACAAACUGAUUGAAGUCCGGGUUGGAUUAUCGCGGCCUAAGCGCAACAUCGCCUUCGGGAUGCGCGGCGCCAACGGGCACCUAUCCUUUAUCGCCCCGACGAAAGACGCAGUGAUGGAAUGGGGUGUCUCGCCGACCAUCAGCGCGGCGCGGUUGUUGAACACGAUGGCGACGUUCCGUGCGCUGUUGACGAGCCGCGGAUUGGAGGAGGAGUGGGUCGCGUUGAUGGCGUUCUAUGGGGACUCGUUGCCGGCGACGGUCGGAAACCAGUAUGCGUUUCCGUCGUUUUCGUUUUUAGCGAAGUAUUGGCAGGAUCCUAUACCCGAAAUCCAAUCGACCACCCGCACCAUCUUCCACUCCACCCUCCUCCGCAUGACCCCCGAAGAAAAGGCCUCGGGAAUAGCCUACUGGCACACGCACCUCCCCUCCCUCACAAAGCACUACAGCAAACUCAACAUCCGCGCCGUCAUCAUCCUCGGCAUAAUCGGGUCCACCCAACCGGAGUCGUUAUCGCCCACUGUCUGCAAAGACGUGGCGGAAUCGCUGGAUCAGCUGUUGAAGGAAGAUUCGCCGCGGAAUGUGUAUCGCACGGCCGCAGUGGAGCUGUUGGGAGCCGGGUGGGCGGAUUGGGAGGUGCAUGUGAAUGGGACCGCGUUGUUGAGGACGCUCAUUGGGUUUUCGGGGCUGAGUGGUGGCGGUGGCGGUGCGAAUACAAGUGGGAAUGGUGGGGCGACACCUACGGGUGCUCCGCCGACGACGCCCAGUCUUGUUACGACACCGUCGCUGAAUCCGCCGUUGGUGGCGGCGGCGCGGCAGGCGAUUGUGCAGAUUGCGACGUGUAAUCCGGCGCUGUUUAUUAGCACUUUGUCGUUUGAUUUGAUGCAUUCGAAAAGUGCUGUGGAGAGAGCGGGGGCGCUGAGGCUUUUGGGGAUGUUCAUUGCCAAGAAACCCCUUAUCCUCUACCCCCACCUCGGCCGCAUGGUCGAAGCGAUCGUCAAAUGCCUCGACCCCAACCAGCCGCACAUCCGCGACGCCCUGCAACAUAUCGUCACCGUCAUCUUUGCGGAACUGGUCAAACGGUUCCCUAACGUAGCGUUCCAUCAUACGAGUCAACGACUCGCGGUGGGCACGAUGGAAGGUGUGGGGGUUGUAUAUGAUGUGCGGAUUGCUGCUAAGGUGCAGAUUAUGGAGGGCCACACAAAACCAAUAACAGCAGUCUCCUUCUCCCCGGACGGCAAGCUCAUCGCCACCUACUCCCUAAUCGAAAACACACUCCGGUUCUGGCAGCCCACGGGCGGGUUCCUCGGCACCCUCGUCGGCGCGCUGACCACGGCCACUGGCGGCGGUGCGGGCGGGGCGGCGGGGGUUGCAGCGUUGGCGAGUGUGGGGGGUGUGGGGCAUAUGAAGAGUUUUAGGACUUUUAGUUUGGGGCCUCCUGAUGAGAAAGCGUUGAAUGACCCGACGGCGGUGAUGGACGGGGUGCGGUUUGAGUGGGUGGGCGAGCGGAAGGUUGUGCUGCAUAGCACCAAUGGGUUGCCGUUUACGUUCACUGUUUAG